AUGAGCAGACCUGGAGGGCAUGCAUACGACAGUGCCCCAUACCAUAUGACGUGUCUCCCAAUGUAUUCCCGUGAUGCACACCAACUUCAGCAAGAUACCUAUAGGUCUUCUAAUGAUACACCUGAUACCUACAGGUCUUCCAAUGACACGCCUGAUGCACUUCUCCCAUCACCCCAGGUACUACAUGCUGGAUUAUAUGAUGACUUCGAAGAUUUGUCUCGCAGGAGAAGACCUACAUCACAUGAAUUUGAUAGGUAUUACCCCAGUGAUACAUCUCACAGUGGCAACUCCUUUAUUGACAGCUCCUCUUCACUGUCUCGUGACUCUCGCCAUGCUUCCAGCUUGCACACAAAUUUUUCACGUGCAUACAGCCAGCGGUCGGGUGCUGGCGCUUAUGGACAUGAAUUAACAGAUCGCAGUGAAAUAUCCUUGCUGAAGAAGGAUAACUCUAUGUAUGGGCAACUUCUCGAGCGCAUCACCUCACUCAGCGACAACAAUAAUGUGGCCCCAGAUUCAUUCAAUGAGAUGCUCAAGAUGGCACGUGAGGCAAGUACCUUAAUCCCAGCCCUUGACAGAGAAGACUACGAAGGUGUGUACUAUUGGGACAAGGACGAGUGGACCAAGGAAUAUCAUGGUGGCCGUGGAGUCCUCAAAGUGAAGCGCACAGAAGAUGCUGGGUCUGCUCUCUAUCUAGUCGAUGAAGACGGUGUCGUUGCGUCUGUGGCUGUUCAGCAAAAAAUUCGUGACCGAUUGCACACCCUAUGGUUUACUCUACUCAAGCAUGGGCGCGCACCCACCUCAUGGACCAAGAUCGAUAUUCAAGCACUCGAAUUUGUAUGCCUCUCGAUGUGA